AUGGCUUGCAAAUGGCAAGAUUUGACAAAAAUAAAAUUGUUUUAUAACUUGUUCCGCGGUAUCUCUACUUGCGAUACGAAUUUCGCAAAAUCCUACGCCGCGAGGGAGGGAAAAUUUAUUUCAAAAAUCAUGAGAGGAGAUCGGACACCGAGAAAAUGGUGUCAGAGUAGUGACAGUUCAUCAAAUCCUCACACAUUGUUGAAGCCACGCCUGCCUCAUCAGAGUAAACGCAGAAAUGAUGUUCUGAACAAGCUAUUCAUGAAGUACAUUACAGAUCUACUGGCCACUGGAGAAGUAGCUCCAGAUAUUAUUGAUCAAGGGGUUGAAAUAUCUCGUGUCAGUGUGACGCCAGAUUUUAACAAAGUCAACGUAUUUUGGUUUGCCAAGGAUGGCGCCGAGUCAGAUGAACGUAUCGAACAAAUCUUGCAUAGGGCGGAGGGAGCUUUGAGACACGAGCUUAGCCAGCUCAGAUUAAUGGGGGUUGUUCCGAUGAUUAAAUUUGUGAAAGAUAGGCAGUAUAUCAAGAUUAUAGAGGUUGAUCAGAAGUUAACAGUCGCCGAUUUCGGCGAGGGUUUCAUUCCUACAGAUCCGGCUCAACGUCUGAAGACUAUUCCGGUAUUAGACAUCAAGUUACCUGCUCAGGUUUGGUCUGAAAUUGAAAAAUUACAUGAGGAUACUCAAGAAAUCGAGGAACACGUAACUGAGGAUCCAUUACCAUCUAUGAGAAAUGAUGUUUUGGGAUUAGAUCAAGCUCUUAUCAUGGCCAAGGUUAAAAGUUCUAUGGAUAAAUCAAGAGCAGCUUUCAGUAAUCGAUGCCUCAAUAUUGUAAACCCUCUAUCCAAAGAAACACAACAGAGUUCAAAGGUGACGGAAUAUUUGUCUGUGAAGCAGAGGAGUGAAGCAUUUUCCGCAUUCUUGAGCAAAAGACAGAUUGACGAAAAAAUUAGAAAACAGGUUAAAAAAGGGAGGAGUUUGAACCGUGAAGAUGAGCUUAGCUUUUUAGAUGAACCGAAAAUCGUUGAUGAUGAUAACGAUAUUUUGGAUGUCGAUGUACAUCAAUUGAAUGAUGAUUCGGAUGAAUUCUAUGACAAUAAACUCGCAUAGAAUCUGUAUAUUCAUUGUUUACCUGUUAAGAAACUUCUUGAAAAUAAUUUAAACGCAAUACUUGUUCAAUUACUCUGUCCCAGUACUUUUGGUGGUGGAAAAAUUUGUGAGAUAAUCGUUAAGGGGUUAUUCAUAAUUUUUCGCAAUUCAACGGUGCAAUAUUUUUUUUUUUUUACACCAAAAUUUGUAUUUUAAUAUAUUUCUCAAUAAUUGACAAUAAUUCAAAUUUUCGGCUUUUUCUCACGAAUAAUGGUGUACAGUUUUACUUGAAACAAUGUUCUUAAAGAUGUUAACAAAGAAUAUACUUUUAUUGUUUCGUAUAAAUACAAUACUUACAUUAUUAAAGUUCCGUAUGUUUUCAGUGAUGCAAAAUAUGUAAAUAUACACGUAUUUCGUAAUACUUUGACAGCUGAGUAAAAGUGUUGUAAACUUUUAUCAGUUUUUUUGUACAUAAAUAUGGCAAGAUUCAGAUAGAAAUAAAAAUAACAGAAAAAUAAAUUUCUCUUUGUAAUA